GGGCGCUCGACUUUUCUAGCUCCCGGCUCUCCACGACGUCCCAAGAGCCCCCCAAGAUCGUCCCGAGACGGGUCCGUGGCCGUUCUGGCUCAAGACGUGUCGGCUGAGCAUCGACACCGGUGUAGGUCUGGCAGCGCAGAUGAGUAGCUGUUGGUCGGCCAAAGCUGUCGAAACGGAUGACGGCGUGAAGGUAUUCUGGAGUGGGCAUCUUACCAAGGGACACGCUGACAGGCGGCAUGCGUGGCUUCAUGAGUACUCCGAGGCCCAGCUGGAGAUUAAGGCCUCCAUGCCGCCUUUCAACAACGCGAACAAGAUGGAUGUGCCUGCGUUCGUAGAACAGUUCAAUGUUCCCACUUUUGGGCCAAACAUCGCCAAUUCGGUCAUGCGUAUCUUUUCGAAUGAAGCGAUUCUGCGCGUUGCCAAACAGCUCGGCGUCGUGAUUCCAGCUUACGUGCUUAGCACCUUCGUCCAGGAUAAGAUGGUGAAAGUGCACGACAUGAUCAGGUACGCUCGACAAACCGCCGCGAUCGCCGACAAGAACGCGGGCGCCAUCGACAAGCUUGAGAGGUUUGUGCAAGCGUUCAAGGCGCUCGAUAGCAAAUCGGUCCCCGACGUUGCCUCCUGGCAGGCGUUUAUCCUGGAGCACGUGCCAGCAGGGUGGGAGUCGAGGCUCCAUUUCGACCACCUGCUCGAGAACUUCGGCUUCGCAAAGGAGGCCUCCGACGAGCUGAGGGCAGCGCAGUUCGUGAAGGAGGACGGGGAGACUGUAACGUUUGAGCAGCACGCUUAUCGUUGGCUCAGCAAGGCCUUCUCCGCGUAUGGCCCUAACGGAGCGCUCACGGACGUGGUCAACUUGGUGUUCGCCAUGUCUGGCGCUUCUGCUAAAGGUCUCAGCGACUUGGACGUCGCCAGGCAGAUCGACCAGUUCACCAGCAAGGUCAUGGCCGGAGACUUGAAGGGCCUGUGGGUUCCGAACAAGUUCUUCAUGGACUGCGAGGUGGACGACUGCAUGUGCUGGGCGCUCCUUCAGUACAUCCACGAGACGAGGGGCACGACCCUCCACGUCCUGGCGCAGAUGCCGCCUGAUAAGGAGCUGGACGUGCUGGAGAAGCGCUGGGCGCAGCUGCCGGGCUGCGAGGUCUGGCGGGACCCCGACUGCCGCAACGCCAAGGCGAUCAGGACUGGCCACGGCAUUUGAGUGAGGCCUCGCGCCGGUCGCCAUGAAGGGCCGGUCCCAGUGGAAGACCCCGGCCCAGGACCCGCCUCUUUCAGGACCCCCUCCCUUCGGGCCAAGGCGGAGCAAAGUAGGAUUCACAGCUGAAUCAUGGGGCCAGACGCACGCGCGCACACAAGGCGGCCGCAGCACACCUCGGCUGCGCACGCCGCCCAGAGCCAACGCGAACAGACACCCACAUUUGAUUCGGGGUCACUGCGCUCUGCCAACGACUGAUCUUCUGGUCGCGCCGACGACCAAGGAGUCCGUGGGGGGCUCAUCUGCAUGUGUGAUAAGCCUGCACCUUGCACCCCUCUUCUGCUCGGUGAGCAGCUCCGCGCCAUCCUCCUCUCUCGUCCGUCCUCUGUCCUGCGUUCCUCGUCUUCCUCGCCCCUCUCCUCGGCCCCCGCCCGACAUAGCUCGCUGACGUCUGUACUGGAGAUCGCCUGCCUCGCAACAAGAAAUGACCGUCCCGAGGCGGGACGAGAGGCCUCCAAUCGAAGGAGACAAAACGCCAUAAAACAUAAGCUUUUGGCGCUCCGCGCGGAUUUCUGGGAUCCGCGCUGUGGCCCCCCUGCGGCGCCUCC